AUGUCCAUUAUAGUGUAUGUUUCGUUAAUAGACGAACAGCGAACGAAGAUAAUAUCAUAUCUACGAUUAUACAGAAUUUCAAAUUUAAAUAUGGACGUCAAAAAACAAAUCAAAAUGUUUAUGAAUCAAAUGUCAUUUUCUGGAUUGGAUCAAAUUACGGCUUUCGGAUUUUUUAAUAUUAAUUUAAAUCUCGUUAUGUCAAUACUUGUUUUAAUUAUAACUGGAAUAACAACUUUACUACAGAUGAAACAUCAUCCGAUUAUAUUGAGAUGGAACAAUGACACAAAUUCCUAUGUACAACAAUAUUCGGUGAACUUUACGUAUCAUUAGGUUUGGGUUCAAUUAUUUAUGCAAAAUUGUCUACGCUUUAAAAUUUUAUAAAAAUAUAAAUUUAUUCUAAUUUAUUGUUACAUUGCAGGUAAUGUGUUUUC